CUUUCUGUCUCUGUUUCUCUCGAUUCUUUUCGUUCUCUCUGUCGCUUUCUCAAGCGCCAUGGCCGUCAUCUCAGAACUCCAGAAUGAUGAGGAAAACCCUAAUCCCAAGCCUAAUACCAAGGAAGCGGAGGCCUCGUCGUCCUCCGCCUCACCCGGGCCGUCGGAUGACGAUCUGAGUCGGAUCCAAGGGUCUCUCUCUUCUAUUGACUUCCUGGAUCGCGUCAUCGAUUUCCUCCGGCGGAAGCGCGACCUCUUUCAGGACGAGGACGCUGAGCGGAAGAUCCGCGGCAUCAUCUCGGCAGCCAAGGAGAAUGAUGCAAAAGUGAGAAAGAAGAAAGCUGAGGAGGAGAGGAAAGCGGCGGAUGCGGAGAAGCGGCAGAAAGCGGCUGAAGCUCAGGCGGAGAAGAAGCCGGAGAACGGGCAAGCUGAAACUGACCAAGGCAAGGAAUCCAGUCGAAAACCAAACUCUGGCAAUGGCAUGGAUUUGGAGAACUAUUCAUGGACGCAGACUUUGUCAGAGUUAACUGUGAACAUCCCAGUGCCACGAGGAACAAAAUCAAGGUUUGUCGGAUGUGAAAUAAAGAGAAGUCAUUUAAAGGUUGGGCUGAAAGGACAACCACCCAUUAUAGACGGUGAACUUUAUAUGCCUGUUAAAGUGGAUGAUUGUUUUUGGAGUAUCGAGGAUGAGAAGGCUAUUUCUAUCCUCUUAACCAAACACAAUGGAAUGGAGUGGUGGAAAUCCUUGACAAAAGGUGGCCCUGAGAUCGAUACACAGAAAGUUGAACCCGAGAAUAGCAAAUUGUCUGACUUAGAUCCUGAGACAAGACAAACUGUAGAGAAAAUGAUGUUUGAUCAACGGCAGAAAUCUAUGGGAUUGCCAACGAGCGAUGAAAUGAACAAGCAGGAAAUCCUUAAGAAGUUCAUGGCCGAGCAUCCUGAGAUGGAUUUCUCGAGGGCGAAGCUAUCUUAAACGGAGCUUAUGGAACAGUCUAGUGGAGUGAUGGAUGCACAUGAUGUGGAUGAUUGUUAGCUUUAAAUUUAUCGUGUUAACGCAUGUAUAUGACAAUGCGGUAUUACAGUUUUGCUUUUAUCAAGGAUUUGAAUUAGCGUUGCA